UGGGCGGGUCGGCAGCAGCGGCAGCGCCGCUCUGCGCGGCGGCGGCUCCGGAGCCGCUGCGCCGCGCCGGGCUGCAGCGGCGGCGGCUUCCCCGCAGAAGAGUAAAACAAGUCUUGUUCUAAAACAGGAGCAAGGAAGACUUCAUAGCAAGCUCUGUUCUUUGGGAAUUGCAGCAGCUCUUUCCUGAUGGUAUUUCUAGGAUCGCCUGCAGCAUGUUAAAGAGACCAUAUCUCAUACACAAAAUCUUGAAAGUCUUCAGGGGCUGCUUUUCAGGCAUGGGGAUGAAGAGUGAAUAGCUUCCAGGAAGAUUUUUUCCUUCCAUCUCCCCCGACAAAUGCACCAGCCUCAUGAGAAACACAAACUGAUUUUUCUGAAGUUGUUGAAGCUGGUAUGAGCAGAGUGGAGGGCAAUUUUUUUAGCUCUGUGAAGGUACUGGAUAUUUGAAAUGCUGAAAAGGAAACUACGGUUUUGCCACAACUCACUCUUCAGGCUUUUCUUGGGGCUAACUCUUAUUCUAGUAAUAAUUUCAGUUUUGAAAGUUAACCAGAAACCAGACUUCCUAAAUCGGAGGCAUCUGGAGCUGACUGAUGAAGAUCCUAUUAGCAGUAUUAGCUGCACAAAGAUAUUGGAGGGUGAUAUAGAAGAAAUUCAAAAGGUAAAGCUUGAGACAUUAUCUGUGUCAUUUAAGAAACGCCCCAAACUAACAACAAAUGACUAUAUUAACAUGACAACAGACUGUGCCUCCUUUACCAAGACUAGGAAAUAUAUUAUGGAACCUCUCAGCAGCGAAGAAGCAGAAUUUCCAAUUGCUUACUCAAUAGUGGUUUAUCACAAAAUUGAGAUGCUUGAUAGACUUCUAAGAUCAAUCUAUGCUCCUCAGAAUUUUUACUGCAUUCAUGUUGACAAAAAGUCUCCAGAAUCCUUUUUUGCUGCCGUGAAGGGAAUAGUUUCUUGUUUUGAUAAUGUCUUUAUUUCCAGCCAGUUAGAGAGUGUGGUAUAUGCUUCAUGGAGCAGGGUGCAGGCAGACAUUAACUGCAUGAAAGACCUCUACAGAAGAAGUACGAAGUGGAAAUACUUAAUAAACCUCUGUGGCAUGGACUUUCCUAUUAAGACCAACCAGGAAAUAGUAGAGAGGCUGAAAGCCCUGAAAGGUGAAAACAGCUUGGAAACAGAAAAAAUGCCUCUCUCUAAAGAAGUAAGGUGGAAAAAGCACCAUGAGAUUAUUGACGGUAAAGUAAAGAACACAGGCAUAGACAAACAACAACCACCUCUCAGUACUCCAAUUUUUUCUGGUAGUGCCUAUUUUGUCGUUAGCAGAAGAUUUGUAGAACACGUAUUAGAAAACAGCAAAAUCCUUUCAUUUAUUGAAUGGGCAAAAGACACUUACAGCCCCAAUGAGUACCUGUGGGCAACAAUUCAGAGAAUCCCUGAAGUCCCGGGUGCAGUUUCCGCCAGUAAUAAGUUUGACGUUUCUGACAUGAAUGCGCUGGCCAGGUUUGUGAAGUGGCAGUACUUCAAAGGUGACAUGUCUAAAGGUGCACCCUACCCACCAUGCAGUGGGAUUCACGUUCACUCCGUCUGCGUUUUUGGAGCAGGAGACUUGAACUGGAUGCUGCGAAACCACCACUUCUUUGCUAACAAGUUCGAUACUGACGUUGACCCUUUUGCUGUGAAAUGCUUGGAAGAGUAUUUGCGACACAAAGCUUUGUAUCAGCAAAAUAACUGAAAUACUCACUUUACAUUUUAUAAAACAUAGGUACAAAUAA